AUGGAGGCGCUGUUGAGGCGCGAACUGGGCUGCAGCUCUGUCAAGGCCACCGGCCACUCUGGGGGCGGGUGCAUUAGCCAGGGCCAGAGUUACGACACCGACAAAGGACGGGUGUUUGUGAAAGUGAACCCCAAGGCGGAGGCCCGGCGGAUGUUCGAAGGUGAGAUGGCGAGUCUUACUGCCAUCCUACGCACGGGCACAGUGCGGGUGCCCAAGCCCCUGGCGGUCCUUGACAGCCCCGGUGGUGGGAGCAUGCUUGUGAUGGAGCACGUGGACAUGCGGUACCUGAGCAGUCACGCUGCGACACUCGGAGCCCAGCUGGCCGAUCUGCACCUGGAGAAUCAACGGCUCGGGGAAGCACUCCGGAAGGAGAGCAGCACUGUGGGAAGGGGAGGAGGUCAGCCAGAACGUGCCUUUGUGAACCAGUUUGGAUUUGAUGUGGUGACCUGCUGUGGCUACCUCCCCCAGGUCAACACCUGGCAGAAGGACUGGGUCACAUUCUUCACCCGGCAGCGCAUACAGCCCCAGAUGGACAUGGUGGAGAGGGAGUCUGGGGACCGGGAGGCCCGUGAGCUCUGGGCCGCCCUGCAGCUGAAGAUCCCCGACCUGUUCCGGGAUUUGCAGGUGGUCCCUGCCCUGCUCCACGGUGACCUUUGGGGAGGAAACGUGGCUGAGGAUGCCUCGGGGCCUGUCAUUUUUGACCCAGCUUCAUUCUAUGGACACUCCGAGUAUGAGCUGGCAAUCGCUGGCAUGUUUGGGGGCUUCCAUAGUGCCUUUUACUCCGCUUACCACAGCAAGCUCCCCAAGGCCCCCGGCUUUGAGAAGCGGCUGCAACUCUACCAGCUCUUCCACUACCUGAACCACUGGAACCACUUUGGGUCGGGGUACCGGGGGUCCUCCCUGAAUGUCAUGAGGAACCUCACCCGGUGA